AUGAGCAGUACUAUCGCAAAACCUUGCCCAUCUUCUUUGCUUCCUGUCAAAGACUCAACCACCCCGUUCUGGAGAACACAACUCCACGAGCUGGAUGACCACCAGUCAACUCCAGACCUGCCAUCUCUAUGCGACAUUCUCAUAAUUGGAGGCGGCUAUGCCGGCAUUGCUGCCUCCUACCACCUCCUCGCUGGCGAAGAUUCGAAUCUAGAGACAAGUAAGCCGUCUGUUGUUCUUUUAGAAGCAAGGGAGGCAUGCUCUGGUGCCACCGCUCGAAACGGUGGACAUCUCCGUCCCGCGGUAUAUGCUCACCUAUCAUCCUAUAUUAAGGAGUACGGUGUUGAGGCAGCUUCCGAAUUGGCAGAGUUUGAGCUCUCUCAUGUGAAAGCAAUUGCGGAUUUAGUUGAGAAAGAGAAGAUAGAAUGUGAUUUCACACUCACGAAAAGUUUUGAUGUUUUCACAGAUAACGAUAUGGCGGAGGAGAUUAAGGAAGCCUAUUUCGAAUUGAAAGCGGCGGGAAUUGCUAAAACCACGAUGGAUGAUUUAGUGUGGACGGAGGGCGAAGAUGCAGAGAAGGUUUCGGGGGUGAAAGGCUGUGUAGGCUGCUUCUCCUUCACAGCGGCACACCUAUGGCCCUACAAGCUAAUGAUGGCUCUACUGUCACGCUCCGUAGCCCAUGGCCUUAACCUUCAAACCCACACACCCGUAACAGGCAUCUCCCGAUCUUCAUCAGGAACUUGGACAGCGAUAACACCCCGCGGUAGUAUUACAGCGCGCCAGGUGAUAAUCGCAACCAAUGGAUACGUCUCCGCGCGGCUCCCUGAAUAUUCGGGCAAAAUCGUGCCCUGCCGUGGCAUUUGCAGCCGUAUAGUCGUCCCCCCCUUCACUCAACAUCCACACAUAGACAAAACAUAUGGCCUCCGUUUCCCGGGAGGCUCGCAUGACUAUCUCAUACCGCGCUCCGACGGCAGCUUAAUUGUCAGUGGUGCACGCAGCAAGUUCAUCACCGAUCAGAGUACUUGGUAUAAUGUGGUCGACGACAGCUCACUCAUUGAAUCUGCUUCGAAUUAUUUUGAUAAUUAUAUGCAAGACCACUUUUUGGGGUGGGAGGAAAACGGUGCGUAUGUGGAGCGCAUUUGGACCGGUAUUAUGGGAUUUAAUGACGAUAAGAUCCCCAGUGUAGGAGAGGUUCCCGGCCGUGAAGGAUGCUUCAUUGCGGCUGGGUUUGAGGGACAUGGUAUGCCUGUUAUUUGGCUUGUAAUGAGAGGGGUUGUCAGCUUGCUCAAUGGAAAACGGUUUGAAGAUGUGGGUAUUCCGAGGAUUUAUAAGACAACGAAGGAAAGAUUAGACAGCACGACGCAGGUCGGCCAGGUUUCGACAACUUCCUAG